GAUAAAAAAACCAUACAGCUAUUGGUAUCUAGGAAUAUAAUUCUAACUUACGACUCUCCAUAUACUGAAACAAAGUAAUUUGACAAUUGAAAUUUUUUUUUUGACAACAAUGCAAUCAAAUGAAAAUAUUAAUGAGAGAUUCAAGUGGCACAGAUUUUUUAUGUCAAUUUUCGGCCUCUGGCCACUUCAAAGAGACGAUUUGUAUCGUAAAUUUUCUGUUGGUUAUUCCCUUUGUCAAAUGAUAAUAACAACAGUAUCAGUGGUUUAUAAGUUUAUUAUAAACUGUGGCGACAUUGAUGAUACCCUCAUCUCUUAUUGUAUGCUAAUGUACAGUAUCUUGGUAUUCAUAAAAAUAUUCUAUACGUCUAUAGGCCGUGACUAUUUAAAACGACUAUUAAUUUCCUCAUCCCAAGAUUGGGAGUCGAUAAAAAAUGCCGACUACAUUGAACUCAUGGUCAAUAAUUCGGCAACUUAUAAUACCGUCUCAUUCCUAAUAUGCAGUUCUAGUCUAAUUUCAAUAAUUUUGUAUGACAUUAAAAUAAUAUUUUUUACUGACAGCAGCUCAGUACCAAUUCUGGACCAUCAGUCGAAUAGAACAGUUUACAAGGAUCAGCUUCAAUUUUUACUACCUAGUAGUUGCAUUUUUAAUAAUGUCAGUAAAAAUUUAUAUUAUGUAAUUCUGAUUAACCAAAUGGUACAGUCAUAUAUUAUAAUAGUUGGCGGUAGUUGCAGCAACGCCAUGUUUGUUUCAAUAACUGGUCAUAUUUCUGGACAAUUUGAUAUUCUAAUAAAACGAAUGGAUGAAUUUUGUAAAAACAGUUAUAAUUUUGAAGUCAAAAAUCAUGAAUUAAUGAUGAUCAUCCGGAGGCAUCAACAUUUGAUAUUUUUAUCAAAUUGUUUGGAAAUUGUUUAUAAUAAAGUUAUCUUCAUGCAAAUGGGAGUAUGUCUUACAUCAAUAAGUGUUACUGGUGUUGCUUUGCUAUUGGCUAUAGAUAAAAAGGAUAUUAUAACUGCUAUGAGAUCAGUCUGUACGAUGAAUUUUAUUAUACUUGAAAGCUACAUAUAUGCUUAUAUAGCAGAUACUUUGUCUGGAAAAGGAGAUAUUAUGCUGAGAGCAAUAUACAGUUAUUGGUAUAAAAUUCCGAUUAUAAACAAAAACGUCGUUUUUAUUACAAUGCGUCUUUGUAUCGCGCCGUAUCUUACUGUGGGUAAAUUUUUCAAUUUAACUAAAGAAUCAUUUAUGGAUAUCAUAAAAACAGCCUUUUCUUAUUUAUCAGUAUUGCGAUUAUUCAUAAUAAAAUAAUAGUUAUAUCAUAGUUUAGUCUGAAUUCGGUGUGAUUUUAUAUUUUGUAUUAAUAUUAUCAUGCAGCUAUCUUAUUAAAAUCUUGCGUAAGCCUAGUCACCAGUGUUUUAUUUGUCUACAACUUUAUGUGACUGUCAAUUUUGGUGUAGACACGGUAAAAAUACGUACGCAUUCUU